GGGCUCCGGCGCUCCUGCCCGUCCCUUCCCGUCGCGGGGCUCUCCCUGCCUCUCCCUGCCCGCGGGGCCGCGCCAGCGCCGGCCGAGCGCCUCUCCCGCCCCGGGGCCGCCUUCUCCGCCGGGCCCCGCCACGUCGAUUGGGAAAAGAAACUCCUGUCGCAGGAUCAAGUAAUGUGCCUUGGUGUCCUACAUGUUAGCUGACUGAAUCCCUGCCAGACUUGGUCAUGCAACACCACUGCUGUUUCCUGAUAAACUGUAGUCCUACUGUAUCCAGGCUUUUAUUGGCUUUUGCUUUCCCUAAAGGCACACUAAUUCCUGACAGCAAGAAAACAGUUACAAGUGUUUGCAUGGUAUAUUGCAGUGGAUCUGAAGUUGAUAUAAGAGAGAAUUUCUUCUGGGAAGAGAAGCUUCCCUGUAAGGCCAACCCUGAAGAUGUGGACUGCCAUUGUGUUCUUCCUGCUGAUUUCCAUCUGUAUAUGUGAACACAGGUUUUCUGUCCUGAAAAGGAGAGGAGUCCAUGUAGUGCAAAUAAACAGACUUACAAGUGAAGAGCAAUGCAGGCGGGCUUGUCAGAGCUCAGGAGCUUCAGGGAGCCAUGACUGUAAUUGGUCUGUGCCCUACCAGAAUCACUGCCUCCUCCUGCAGUGUCACCAGCUGAGUGUGUGCCAGAAUGCUGGAGAACAAGACAUCAAAGACCUGCUUGCAGAAAUUGUCAGCAGCAAAUGGGAGCCAGCCCUGUUUCACCACCAGAGCCAUCCCCAGAAAACUCAGAGGAUGCUGAAUGCACAGAUUGACCAACACAGUGCAGAAAACACAUUUUCUUUAAUUGCUCAGACUCAUAAUAUUCAUUUGAGGCAUUUUCCUGGGGUUGAGAAGAGAGAUGUCACAAUAAGAACAAGAAAACUACUUGCAAGCAAUGCUAUCACCACUGCCCCUGCUAUAACAACAAACAUUACAAAUGCAACUUUGUCUACCACUUACAAAGCACCUACCAAAGCCCCAGACAGCUCUGGAGGUUCUGAUACCUUUACUACAGCCAUGUCAUCCAGUGACUUUUCUCCCCCUCAUGGUAACAUCUCUGCUCCUGUUUCCAGCAAUGUCACCCAGAUGGUGACGACCAGCCAAAGAUUAGGAAGUAGUAGCUCUGUCCCAGUAUUGUCCCCCACUUCUGCUCCCCUCACUGCUACUACUGAAGGAGGUACCCAAGCACAGCAGCCUAGGCUGGGUACCACCAGCAGCAAUGCUCCUCACCCUGACAGUCACACCCGUGCUGGAGAUGACCUGAAGACACUGACCACAACACUGAGCACCCCCAUCCUGCAGGAUGCAGGAACGUCUUCCCGUGCUUCCACGCAUGCAACGGCACCCAUCCCAACAGAGAGCUCUCACUCUGUGAAUCCAGUGCAUGCUGGCACAUCACCAGAGCUAAAGCCAGAGGCAAAUACAUCCACAGCAUCCUUGAAUGAAUCGGCUUCUCCUCUGGGCUCUACAAGAGGUGCCAUGGUUUUAACUACAACCUCUACAGUAGCAACUACGACUGAACAUGGGCUAAAGUCAACAUCUGAUGUCUUUUCAACAGCCAUGGCUCCAACAGAUGCAGCCAAAACAACAGCUUUGGGCCUCACAGAAACUCAGCACACAGACAACGAGUAUAUUCUCAUUGCUGCCAAGCCCCUGACUCAGUACUUAGUGGAUGAAAGUUCACUACUUGCAGUGCUUUUAGUUGGUACAUUCUUUUUCUUAACUGUUAUAGUUCUUUUCCUCCUGCAGGCCUAUGAGAGCUACAAGAAGAAAGAUUACACACAAGUGGAUUACCUGAUCAAUGGAAUGUAUGUGGACUCAGAGAUGUGAAGAGGUGGGGAUGAAUAGUAGGCAAGAGGUGGAAAGGAGAUUCAAAGUCUGCAUGACUUGUUUUUCCUUUCUGUCUGCCUAUAACACAAACUGAAAGUGCUUCCAAAUUUACUUCUAGUGCAAUUGAGGAGAAAUGCCAUGUACUGUAUUAAAAAAAAAUAAUAAUUUUUUAUUCAAUUGUGCAACAGGUUGCUGUAAAACCAUAAAAAUAAUAAUUUUUAACAUUUUCAUAAUGCACAGUAACUUUGGCCAUUAUAAUUCAUUGUAAAGCAAAUCUAACAAGGUGUAAGUUGCCAUCCUCUGAAAAUGCUAUAGUGCUUUUCAGCUGUUUACAGUGCAGGUUGUUUCAUUGGUUUCAUGUGUGCUCCUCUGAAAACAGAGCAAAGGAUGCUGUCACCUUUUGUGAAGUGCUCCCAAAUAGCCAGAUGAGAAUUGUGGAGUACUGUUGCAACAGGGGACUUUUCAUCCAGUGUGUGUCAUAUUUCAGUGUGCUUCUUGCUUAUGAAGAGGUCUGUUUACAAGGUAUUGUAAACUCUGUUUACUGCUAACCCAAGGUAUCUUUUCACCACGGAGUGGAUUACUGUGCCUCUGCACUUAAAUGAUCUUAUUUUUAUAUUCAGUUAAUAAAUGGGGCCCUGGAAGGGCAUAUC